CUGAUUCAUAUUAAAAAAUAAUAAUUAGCAAUUUUGAGUGCUGAAAAAAUAAAUAAUUAACACACUACACUACUGAGGAAAAUCAAGAAGGAAAUGGCAGAAGUAGAGGCGUCUCUGAUUUGGAAUAACGAAAUUAACAGAUAUCAUCUUUCAAAUGAAAUAACAAACCCUCGUACAGGUACAUUAUGGACUGCAACUGCCCAUAUAAUCACAGCAGUGAUAGGAGCAGGAGUUUUAUCCUUGGCCUGGAGUGUUGCACAGUUGGGAUGGAUUGCAGGGCCUGCCAUCAUGCUUGUUUUUGCUCUCAUAACAUACUAUUCAUCUUCUUUGCUAGCAGAUUGUUACAAGUUUCCUGACCCUGUCUUUGGACCCAACAGGAACUACACCUACAGGGAUGCCGUGAAAGAGAAUUUGGGUGACAGGCAAGCAUGGCUGUGUGGACUGGUACAAUAUGUGUCCCUGUAUGGAGUAGGGAUUGCUUAUACAAUCACUGCCUCAAUCAGCAUGAGAGCAAUCAGGCAAUCCAAUUGCUAUCACAAGAAUGGACAUGACUAUCCAUGCCACUUUUCAGAAACCACCUUCAUGAUCAUUUUUGGAAUGACACAACUUAUCUUAUCUCAAAUACCAAACUUUCAUAAAGUUUGGGGUCUUUCAAUAGUUGCAUCGAUAAUGUCCAUCUCCUACGCAACAAUAGGACUGGGUCUUGGCAUUGCAAAAGUAGCUGAAAAUGGAGAGCUUUAUGGAAGUAUAGCUGGAAUCAGCUCGAGCACAACAAUAUCCACAUCACAGAAAGCUUGGCUGGUCCUCCAAGCUAUUGGCGACAUAGCAUUUGCUUAUCCAUACUCUAUUAUUGUCAUAGAAAUUGAGGAUACUUUGAAAUCAGAACCUCCAGAAAACAAAACUAUGAAGAAAGCUUCCAUGAUUUCUGUAACAACGACAACUUUCUUCUAUUUGCUUUGUGGUUGCUUUGGGUAUGCAGCAUUUGGAGAGAAUGCACCUGGAAACCUCCUAACAGGUUUUGGUUUUUAUGAGCCUUACUGGCUGAUUGACUUUGCCAAUGCAUGCAUUGUAGUUCAUAUGGUGGGAGCCUACCAGGUAUACUGCCAACCCCUGUUUGCUUUCAUUGAAGACUGGUUUCUGAACAAGUGGCCAAAUAAUAGAACUGUCAGUAAUGAAUAUGGUGUGGCCAUUCCCCUGCUUGGAUUGUAUUAUGUUAACCUAUUCAGGCUAUUUUGGAGAACUGCAUUUGUGGUCUCAACUACCGUUAUUGCCAUUUUGAUUCCAUCUUUCAAUGAUGUUCUUGGACUUCUGGGUGCUAUUAACUUUUGGCCAUUGGCAGUACACUUCCCAGUGGCAAUGUAUAUGGUGAAGAAUAAAGUCCAACAAUGGACAAUUACCUGGUUUCUUUUGCAAGCCUUAAGUUUCAUUUGCCUCCUCGUCUCAGUGGCAACUGCUAUGGGAUCAAUUGAAGGCCUUGUUGAAGAGGUCUUGCCAGGUUACAAGAUGAGGAUUGAAGAUGGAUAGUUGGGAGAACAAGGAGCAAUUCAUCAACAAGAUUUUGGUUCAUCCUGCAAAUCCAAGUUCCCUCUUUCCACACUUGUAUGUUUUCCUUUUAGAAAUGAGAUUUUUUAUUAGCAUGCAUGUUGUUUUUCUUUGAAAAAUUAGGGAGUUUAAAGGAGAAAUAUU